AUGGAAGCAGAAAACCCCCCCCCGGUGGACGUGGCCGCGGAGGAGUCGCAGCGCAAAUCCUUCCAGGUACCAGACAAAUGGCUAUCCAAGAUCACGAACUGGGGUAUUGAACUGCGCGGAGUGGCUCCGGUUCCUCUUGAAGAGCGCACGGAUAAGCGAUUGAUCAAUGUCUUUUUCGUCUGGUUCACCAUGAGUACGAACCUGCUGCCCAUCAUUACUGGCAUGGUCGGGACUUUCUCAUUUGGCAUGAGUUUACAGGAUGCCUCCUUGGUGAUCCUGUUCUUUAACAUGCUAUGUACUAUUCCCCCCGCCUAUUUUAGCACUUUCGGUUCGCGGACUGGCUUACGGCAAAUGCUCCAUGCCCGCUUCACGUUCGGGUUUUACAUUACCUCCUUGAUUGUGGCACUUAACCUGUGUACUAUUGCGGGAUUUGGCGUUGUCUCGGCCGUGCUGGGAGGCUCUACGCUCACUGCGGUGUCCGAUGGCAACAUCGACGACACCACCGGGAUCGUGAUCAUUGGCCUGUGUGGUAUGGUCGUGUCGUUUGGAGGGUACAGGUUUCUGCACCAAUACGAGCGCUACUGCUGGAUCUUUGCCCUGGUCGCAAUUGUCAUCGCGACCGGGGUUGGAGGCAGUCAUUUUUCGCAGCAGACUACGACUGAACCGCCCACGGCAGCAACAGUUCUCUCCUUUGGAGGGGUGGUCGCUGGAUUCCUCAUCCCUUGGGCAGCGAUGGCGUCUGAUUUUAGUGUCUACUGCGACACCAGUGCCUCGACAUUCCGUAUAUUCGCAUAUACCUAUGCUGGUCUCUUUCUCCCCACCGUGCCUCUCAUGGUCCUAGGUGCAGCAAUCGGUGCAGCAACGCCCAACAUCCCCGCGUGGAAUGAUGGCUAUGCAAUUUAUGGCGUUGGUGGAGUCCUGGAAGCGAUGUUGAAGCCGGCCGGUGGGUUUGGAAAAUUCGUCUCCGUGCUCCUUUCCUUUUCCCUGCUGGGCAACCUCGCCGCAUCGAUGUACUCGGUCUCGCUGAACUUCCAAUUGCUCGUCCCUUUCUUCGUCCGAAUUCCCCGCUUUGUCUUCUCCAUCCUCUACACGGCCGUCCUCAUCCCCGUCUCGGUGGAAGCGGCCAAGUCUUUCUUCGCCAACCUUGAGAAUUUUCUGUAUGUUAUUGCGUACUGGUCCGCUGCUUACGUCUCUGUCGUUGCGACGGAGCAUUUCCUCUUCCGGGGCGCAGAUUGUACACGCUACGACGCGAGGAAUUGGAACAGCCCCAAACAAUUACCCGGCGGUCUGGCGGCAUUGCUGGCAAUCGGUCUCUCAUUUGGUCUGAUUGUCCCUUGCAUGGGCCAGGCCUGGUACACGGGGCCCAUUGCGCAGACAACUGGCGAUAUCGGGUUCGAGGUGGCUCUUGUUCUGGCCCCCUUGCUGUAUAUUCCACUGCGCUGGACAGAGAAACGAUACCGAUCGGUGUAG